AUGUCGACACCAAACAAAACUUCAUUCGUCUCACCUACACCCUACUAUAAAGCUCUUUUUCAUACAUUCAAAUUUCCUUUCGCUACAACAAAUGGUGUAUUCAUUGGAAAAAAGGAUUCCGAUGAUCAUGUAAUUAUUACAGAUUGUGUUCCAUUGUGUCAUUCUGUUUCUUCUCUCUGUACACUUCCGUUGCUUGAAAUGGCUUUAAUUCAAAUUGAUGCAAUUAUCGGGGAGGAACAAUCAAUAGUUGGAUAUUAUUUUGCGCAAGAUGUUGUUCCCGAUUCCUCUUCUUCUGUAGACAUACCGUCAAUUCAUCUUUCCAUCUUUUCGAAAAUUUGUGAAAAUUUCCCAGGCGCUUUGCUUUGGAUGCUUGACAAUAGAAAACUUUCAGAACUCUCCAAUACAUUUGUAUUCAAGACAUUUUACCUGAAAUCACCAGGUAAGGUAGCAUUAGAAGCUCAAAAAGGUGACAACAAGGGUUUAUCACAAUCAGACUUGGAACAGCUGGCCACUCAUUUUGAGAACAGAACUUUUGAUGCCAUUGUUGAUUUUGAGAUGCAUGCCGAUAAUUUAUCCUUAGACUUUAUGAAUAAAACCUUGUAG